AUGCCGAUCCCGAAAAAUGGGUUCUCCAGUUCAUUUUGGCGGGCAUCACGAAACACACCAAACAGCAUAUUUCACCCACACUUGGCCCCUCCAGUCAGCAGCCUCGUUCCGUCGUCCACUUCGGGCGGCCGGAGAAAGAGAGAGAGAGAGAGAAUAGUGAUAGGUAGACAGCGAAACAGGCAGUUCUGGCACUUGUACUUUUCCCAUAAUCUGGAUCUGAAAACGCUUUCUUCCCAUCCGGACGCGUUCGUGUGCCAGUCGGGCCGCGAUCCGAAACUGACCACCUUCGGCCUGGAAGACGCGUCGAGAUCGUCGGUCUCGGCCUCUCUGCAGCUCACGCAAAUUGCCCCAUUUCCGGUAGUUGGGCCGGCCUCAAGGACGCAUCGGUUGGUCGGUCGGUCGGUCGGUCGCUCCGUCUACCCCACCUCAAUACCCCGCCCCCACCCCCGCCCCGUCGUAGGCCAGCCCUGUUGUCACUGCGGCGGCCUCGGCCGUGAGCAACCACCGUUGCGCCCAACUAAACCGGCUCCUGGACCCACGCAAGUUGAAGUUAGGGAGAGGAAGAUGAAGAGGAAGAGGAAGAUGCGCCCGGACUAA